UUUUCGGUGUCAGUUAUCUUAUGCUUCAGAUUUCGAUGGCGUGAUCAUAUAAAAGGUCACCGGGAGCACCGGGAUGGUCACUGCAGUCGACUUGAGUCUUGUCUGUGUCAUCUGUACCCUACAAAGCAAAGACACCAGAGCUGACAAUGGCCUUCGCAGGUGUACUGACUGAUGCUGACAUCGCUGCAGCCCUGGAUGCGUCCAAAGACGCUGGCACAUUCGAUCACAAGAAGUUCUUCAAGUCCUGCGGCCUUCAUGGCAAGUCCGCAGAUGACAUCAAGAAGGCCUUCGCCAUCAUUGACCAGGACAAGAGCGGUUUCAUUGAGGAGGACGAGCUUAAGCUGUUCCUCCAGAACUUCAAGUCAGGGGCACGCGUCCUGAACGACGCCGAGACCAAGGCUUUCCUCGGUGCCGGUGACACCGACGGUGACGGCAAGAUUGGCGCUGAUGAGUUCGUUGUCUUGGUUAAGGCAACUUAAGGUGGCAAGUGACCAACACCUGCUCUGAUGGAACAACAAUGCCCACAUUGACCUCCCCCUUUUCAUCCGAAUAUAAAUAAUUUUUAUACAUUUGUUUAAGAGACGUUUCCUCCUAUGCAACACCUGUCCAAAAUGAUGAAAAUGCCGCUCGGUUGUGUUCAUGUCUUAAAUAGGAAUUUUGCUUAUUGUAAAAUCUAUGAUGAUGCACUUUCCAGGAACGAUCGAUCAAAAAGAAUAAAUAUUCUUUUGGUACGGUG